AUGGGGAACACUUGUGUUGGACCUAGUAUUUCUAGAAAUAGGUUCUUGCAGUCUGUUUCAGCUGCAAUGUGGCCGUCUCGGGUGCCGGAUGACACUGCUUCCACCACUAAUGGUGGGAGUAGUAGGGGUGGAACAGUAGAAUCUGGGAAAGACCCUGAUGUGGUAGUUCAAAAUAGGGCACCUGAACAGAUGACAAUGCCUAAGUCUGAACAGAAGGAAGUGGAACCAGUGAAGAAGGAAGAGGAACCGGUAAAGCCUAAGAAGGCGGUAGAGAUGAAGAGGGUAGGUAGUGCAGGACUUAAGACUGAUUCUGUGUUACAGAAGAAAACAGGCAACUUAAAAGAGUUUUUCAGUAUAGGAAAGAAAUUAGGACAAGGACAAUUUGGGACUACAUUUAAAUGUGUCGAAAAAGGGACAGGGAAAGAGUAUGCUUGUAAAUCGAUUGCUAAGAGGAAGUUGUUGACAGAUGAUGAUGUUGAAGAUGUUAGAAGGGAAAUUCAGAUAAUGCAUCACUUAGCAGGGCAUCCGAAUGUUAUAUCGAUAAAAGGGGCUUAUGAGGAUGCGGUAGCUGUUCAUGUAGUUAUGGAACGGUGUGCUGGAGGUGAGCUUUUCGAUAGGAUUAUUCAGCGGGGGCAUUAUACAGAAAGAAAAGCAGCUGAGCUCACAAGGACUAUUUUUGGGGUUGUUGAAGCUUGUCAUUCGCUGAGCGUCAUGCAUCGUGAUCUUAAGCCUGAAAAUUUCCUUUUUGUUGAUCAGAAGGAGGAUUCACUUCUCAAAACUAUUGAUUUUGGAUUGUCAGUUUUCUUCAAACCAGGUGAGAGAUUUACUGAUGUUGUUGGCAGUCCUUAUUAUGUUGCACCGGAAGUUCUCAAAAAGCGGUAUGGUCCUGAAGCUGAUGUUUGGAGUGCUGGUGUGAUUGUGUACAUCUUAUUAAGUGGAGUGCCUCCUUUCUGGGCUGAAAAUGAGCAAGGAAUAUUUGAACAAGUCCUGCAUGGUGAUCUCGAUUUCUCGUCAGAUCCAUGGCCUAGUAUUUCAGAAGAUGCAAAAGACUUAGUUAGGGGAAUGCUUGUUCGAGAUCCCAGAAAACGUUUAACUGCUCACGAAGUCUUGUGCCAUCGCUGGGUUCAAGUUGAUGGUGUGGCUCCAGAUAAGCCUUUGGAUUCUGCAGUUCUGAGUCGAAUGAAACAAUUUUCUGCAAUGAACAAGCUCAAGAAGAUGGCUUUGAGAGUCAUUGCUGAAAGCCUGUCUGAAGAAGAAAUUGCCGGUCUGAAAGAAAUGUUCAAGAUGAUUGAUACAGACAAUAGUGGUCAAAUAACUUUUGAGGAGCUCAAAGUUGGUUUAAAAAGAGUUGGCGCUAAUCUCAAGGAAUCCGAGAUCUAUGAUCUUAUGCAAGCAGCAGAUGUUGAUAACAGCGGCACAAUUGACUAUGGGGAAUUUAUAGCUGCAACAUUACAUUUCAACAAAAUUGAAAGGGAAGAUCAUCUAUUUGCUGCUUUCUCUUACUUUGAUAAAGAUGGAAGUGGCUACAUCACUGCAGACGAGCUUCAACAAGCUUGUGAGGAAUUUGGCAUCGGUAACGUCCAUCUGGAAGAUAUGAUUAGAGAUGCUGAUCAGGACAAUGAUGGGCGCAUUGAUUACAAUGAGUUUGUCGCGAUGAUGCAAAAGGGACAUCCAGCGAGUGGUGGUGGCAAGCAAGGUCUAGAACACAGUUUCAGCACCGGAUUUAGAGACGCUCUAAAACUUUAG